AUGUAUUCUUCCACUUGUUCAACAAUUUAUUGCCUAUAUAGCUAUUUGGAUAGCACAAUCAAGACUGCUAACCCUAAUUCAACACCGGUUGUUUCUGGCACUUGUUCCCGGAAAACCGCGCUACCACUCUGCACCGACAACACCAGCGAGCACCAUUGGCACUCGUGUGUAGGAGCGUUGCAAGGAACGACGGUGCUAUUGAACAAUCGCGAGGAGCAGUGCUGCCGCGUGAGGCCGAUGCGGUGUGUAGUUGCCAUGAAUUCGCCUUUUGUGAAUUCCGUUACUGGGAACAAGAAUCCUACGAUUAAAGAACAGCACAUGACAGGGAUGCCUAAGAGAAGUCAAGAAGCCAAGAGAGGAUCCUCAUCCAGUCAAAUGGAUCCGAAUGCCCCCAAAAUGGAUAUUAAGUCCAUAAUGAAAGAUAUAGAGUUUUUAGGGUCAUCGCAUAUGACAUGGAAACAGAGGAAAGAGUUGGAAAACCGGAAGGUCGUUUCUCUUGGUGGAAAGCCUCAAAAAACACAGAAAUUACCUCUUAGUGUAGCGCGAGUGCAAAUGAAGAAACAAAAGGAAAGAGAGCAGAAAAUGCUCCAAGAGAAUGCAAUACUUGGAAGAUUUGGAGUGUAUCAUCAUACUAGUGGUACUAAAAAGGUGACCGAGAGGCGCCGACAGGAAGACACAGUGCUGAAGUCCACUGAAGGUCAUUUCAGAAAUGGUGUCCUUGACGUCAAAAGUUUAUUGAAACCUUCUGCACCUAGAGCCACCAAUGAAAGCAGCAGACAUGUUAUUGGCAAAGGGAAGAAAAAGAAGGGCGGUAAAAAGAGCCACGGUAAGAGAAAGAAUGGUGGUAAGAAGCGGCACUAG